AUGGCAGCCCCAAUCAUUGAAUCCAGCUCACUUGCCGCACGUGAAGCUGGUGUUCCUCGGGGUUUCUUCAAUAACAAUGAUGUAGAAUCAGAGGUGAAGCGGGGAUUUUUCAACAACAACGAUGCAGGGUCAGAUGUGAAACGAGGAUUUUUCAACAAUGCAGAUGCAUCAGAUGCUUCAAAAAAGAAGCGGGGAUUCUUCAACAACAACGACGUAUCAGAUUCCUCAAAGGCCAAGAGAGGAUUCUUCAACAACGGGGUCUCAACGGCGGAAGUUUCAAAACGCGACGAGGAGGUGGAUGAUGAUGGAUAUUAUUACACAUAUACAGAUAGUAGCAAGUAA